AUGAAAAGAAUAGCCGAUUAUUAUUUUCCGCUCGUUCUAGUUCCGAAUAGUGGUAACAACAACAACACCACUACCACCAAUAAUAAUAACCUGGCUUUCACAAGCAAAAGUGUAUUCGAGUUUACCAUAUUAAAUCCAUCGAAACUUAGUAAACCACUUUACACGCCACCGUUUGCCACUGCCAAUCACAUGUUUUGGCAGCUACGAUUUGACCCGAAAUUCAUCGAAGGAAACGAUGAAUACUGUUCGGUGUUCUUGGGUGCAAUUCCCAGUCCACAAGAAGCUGAUAAUACAACAGCGGCUUGGGCUAAGAGAUCAUUACUAUCGGCUAGACUUUUUCUCAAAAAUCCAAUAUCGCACGUAGAAAUUGACAAGUAUUCGAUGACAAUGAAUAAUUAUUCGGCAAAGGAACAUACUUGGGGACGUCGCAAAUUCUGCAAGAAAUCAGCAUUAUCGCAUGAUUCAGUGAUACUGGGAGUGGAAUUUGACAAAGCCGAGAUAGGUCUCUCUAGGCAUACAGCUACCCUGCCCGGUGAAAUUAUACCAAAAGAUUUAUUGGAAGCGUGGCAAUCGCAGUUGACGGAGCCUCAAAUUGCCGAUGUUGAAUUCAACGUUGAUGGCCACACAAUUUAUGCUAACAGUGCUAUUCUGGCCAAGCGAUCAGAGUAUUUUCAGCGAAUGUUUGGUGGAAAAUGGUCAGAAUCAACAGCGACGUCUUCACUUUCAAAAAUUAAUGAUUCACAAACUAGCGAAACCCCUUCUUCUUCUACCAUAGUUCAUUUUGGCCAGGAGAGCGCACGUAUAAUGGCAAUAGCGGCUCAUGACGUUGAUGAUCCAAUUAUCAUCAAUCAUGAUUCCAAAAAACCACAUCACCACACUCACCAUCAUCACCAUCAUAUUAUCCAACAACAGCAACAGCAGCAACAACCUCUGAAAGCGGGUGCUGACUUACUAUUGGAAAAAGUGAAUCAUCAUCGAUUCAAAAUCGAGGUCACUGAUUUCCACCACGUAACAUUCUUGGAAAUGUUGAAAUUUCUAUACACGAAUAAAGUCACCUUCAACAAUGCUAACGACUCGCAUACAAGUUCAUUGGAGAUGUUUCGUGUCGCCGAUAAAUAUCUCAUUGAAGAUCUUCGACAAAGAGCGAAAACAAGGAUCUUUGAUGAAUUAAGUAUCUCGAAUGCAGCCGAGACUUUGUUUGGUACGGAUUGGACUUAUCCCGAACUCAAGGAUUACAUAUUGAAAUUUUUGGUCAAGCAUUUCCGGGAGGUUAAGCAAACUGAAGGAUUCAAAAACAUCACAUCAAAUUCAGCAAUGUAUCCUACUUUUCCCGAAACAAUCACUGAAAUCCUUGAAUUGUUGGAGCCAAAUCCGAAUGUUGUUAAUCUUGAUUUGUGA